AUGGCUACCCCUAGUGUCCUAGCUUUUGACGCUGAGGGUCGCGCCAUUGACUUUGAGGUCUGGGUCGACGACCUGCAGCUGUUCUUACAGUGCGACAGAGCAGACGGCCUUUCUCUCUUUGACCUCACUUCUGGUGCCUCUCCUGCCCCUGCUGCUGAUGCUGAUCCCACUGUGCGUUCUCACUGGGCCACCCGCGAUGCUACUGCACGUCUUGUUGUGCGUCGCCACCUCCCUACCUCUGAGCGCGCGCACUUUAGUCAGUACAAGAGUGCUCAGACCUUGUACGACGCUGUAGUCGCGCGCUACUCCUCCCCUGCCACUGCUGCACUGAGCCGUCUCAUGCUUCCCUACCUCUUUCCUGACCUCUCUGCCUUUCCCACUGUCGCUGACCUCAUUACGCACCUCCGCACUAGUGACACUCGCUACCGCGCCGCCCAACCUGCUGAGUUCUGCGCCAAGAACCCCCCCUCCAUGUACAUCACUCUCUACUACGUAGUCGCGCGCCUCCCUGACUCUCUUCGCGUAGUCAGGGACCACUUUCUCGCGGUCUGUCCCACCACCCUCACCGUCGACAUCCUCGAGAAGGCCCUCCUCGCGGCGGAGAAGAGCAUCGUCGCUGUAGGAGCUUCUCGUGGUGACCCUCGCACCCCCAUCUUUGAGGGGUGCUCUCCUUCCCCCCUCCUGCCCUCUAUUGCCUCUGCUGCUGCUGCCGACCUGCUUGGUCUCGAGUCGGUUGGCGCGGCGUCUGCCCCUAGUGGGAGACGCCGCUCUGGCAAGGGCAAGGGGGGCAAGGGCGCGGGUGGAGCUGGAGGGGGCGGUGGAGGUGGCGGUGGAGGCGGCGGAGGGAGUGGGGGUGGCGGCGGGAGUGGUGGAGGGGGUGGUGGUGGUAGUGGUGGCAGCGGCGGAGGAGGCGGCGGUGGUGGCGGCAGCGGUGGUGGUGGCGGCAGUGGUGGCGGUGACGGUGGGGGAGGCGGCGGCGGAGGAGGCGGUGUUGGCGGAGGAGGUGGAGCUGGUCGGGGCGGUACCCAGCAGCGGAGCGGCGGUGGUGGUGAUCAGCGCUCGCAGCAGCAGCAGCAGCAGCGUUCGCGCGACAUCCCUCCGCCCCAGCAGCUCCGUGAGUGGUACACUCGACGUCAGAGGGGUGGGGGUACUGGUCCUUGUACCUACGUCCUUCGCUCUGGCGACCGCGCGGGUGAGCAGUGUGGGGGUGCCCACGCCACCCAGCGCUGCUUUGGCCGCCUGACGGACGCUUGGCGUCAGCAGUUCCCCGGGGCUAGUGAGAUCCCUCGCUGGGAUGAGCUUCUUAGGGCUGGUGUAGCGAUCUUUGAUCUUGAUUUUGAUGCUAUCCUUGCUGCUAUGUAUGCUGUGACUAUUAGUGAGGAGGGUGACUGUUACCGGUGUUUCCCGCCCGACCCGGGCAUUGGUACUGCUGCGCUAGGUGCUUGUGAGGCUGCUGCUCUAGGUGCCAGUGCGUCUGCGCUCUCAGGUGCUGGUGAGACUGCGCUCUCAGGUACUGCGUCGCCUUCGUCCUCCCUCACUUUCACACUUGACUCCGGGGCUUCUUGCUCCUUCUUUCGAGACCGCACCACCCUCACGCCGCUUGGCCGGCCGGUUGCGGUCUCCCUGGCUGACCCCUCUGGGGGUCCUGUCCUCUCUCACUUCUCCACUGUCCUCCCGUGUCCGGCUGCCCCCUCGGGCACCCUGUCUGGUCUGUACCUUCCCUCGUUUUCGACGAACUUGGUGAGUGGUGCGGACCUACAGGAUGCGGGGGUUCACCAGUUCACUCCUGCGAGUCAGCGGGUGACCCACUGCACGGACGCACGCACAGGCCGGCACCUGGCCACGUUCUCGCGUCGGCCGGGGUCGAGCCUCUACACCCUGACCACUACGUCUCCUCCUGUCCCUGCGUCUGGUCAGGAAGCUGCGUCAGGUCAGGUGUUUGCUGCUGCGUCCCGGUCAGGUCCUGAGUCUGCCCCCUGUUCGUGUCGCCUCCUGUCUCACGAGACUCUCCUGUGGCACCACCGUCUGGGCCACCCCUCCUUGCCCCGUCUUCGGAGCAUGGCUUCCCGUGUCCUUGUCUCUGGUCUUCCCCAGUCUCUCCCUCCCCUUCCUUCCGGGCCAGGACCUUCCUGUGUCCCCUGUGUCGAGGGGCGCCUCCGGGCUGCUCCUCACUCCUCCCAGUUCCCCCUGACAGAGGCUCCUCUGCAGACGCUUCACAUGGACGUGUGGGGCCCAGCCCCCGUCCGAGGGCAGGGUCACGAGCGCUACUUCCUGUUGGUUGUUGACGACUACUCGCGUUACACCACAGUCCUCCCCUUGCGCAGCAAGGGUGCUGUCACUGAGGUCGGCGAUGCGUCUGCGUUCCGUGUCUGGGGAUCUCAGGCGUUUGUCCGCGACUUGUCUGCGGACAAGCUGUCCCCUCGUGCUGCUCCCUGUGUCUUCCUUGGCUUCCCCCCUGACGCUCCAGGGUGGCAGUUCUACCACCCCUCCUCUCGUCGUGUUCUGUCCUCCCAGGACGUCACGUUCGACGAGUCAGUCCCCUUCUACCGCCUCUUCCCCUACCGCACUCCUUCACUUCCCCCACCACCGGACUUCCUUGUGCCGGUAGACGCAGUUGACCCGGUCGAGGUUACUGGUGACUCUGGUGCUGCUGCGGGUGCUGAGCCUGGGGGUGCUGACUCUGGGGGUGCUGUGCGCGGGGGUGCCGAGCCUGGGGGUGCUACUGCGGAGGGUGCUGGGCCUGGGGGUGCUGACUCUGGGGGUGCUGUGCGCGGGGGUGCCGAGCCUGGGGGUGCUACUGCGGAGGGUGCUGAGCCUGGGAGUGCUGAGCCGGGGGGUGCUGUGCCUGGAGCUGCUGAGCUAGGGGGUGCUGCGUCUGGAGCUACUGGGCCUGGGGGUGCUGCGUCUGGGGCUGCUGAGCCUGGGGUUUCUCCUGGUGCUGCGUCUCGGCGGGAGCCCCUCUCUACACAGGAGCUGCGCGAGUGGUUUGCUCGCCGCUGGAGGCGUGCUGCUAGAGCUGGAGCUUCUUCGACCGUCGAGGGUGCUGGUGCCGCCGGUCCCGGAGCUGCUGGGCCUGCGGGUCCUACUGGAGCUGGGGCUGCUGAGGGUGUUGGUGCUGAGACUACUGCUGUUUCUCCUCGCGGUGGUUCUCCUGCUUGUGCUACUGGAGGUCCAGCCGCUGGAGGUGUUGGUGGCGCUGGUGCUGCCGCUAAGGGUGCUGGUGCUGUCCCUGCUAGUCUGGAGCUGCCGCGCGGCCUCGACCGUACUUCGUUCCGCUCCUGCAGCAGGUUCUUGCGUCGUGAGCCUGCGUCUCGUCCCGCGUCGCCUGUUCGUGCUGCUCGCGCUAGUGGUCGCGGUUCGCGUCAGCGUCCUCCUCCUGUCCCUGGCACGCACCGGAUGUCUCUGCGUCCGUCCACUGCUCCUCUGCGUGCCCCUUUGCCUUCUCCUCCUAAGUCCUCUCUUCCUGCGCUUGCCGACCCUGAGUCGGACUCCCUUCGUGCUGCCAGUCCUACUGUCACGCGUCUGCUUGCCACUGUCGUCACUGACCCCUCGUUUGAGUCCACUGCUGCGUCUGCUCUUGUCGCUGAGCUCGUCGACUUUGCUGCUCGCUGUCGUCUAGACUACGCUGCUAUUCUUGUUACUGAGUCUGCGUCUGUCUGUCCUCCGUCCGUUGGGGGUGAGUGUGCUCUUGGCACGGACGUCCUAGAGGACAGGCAGGAGGAGUUACAGUGUCAGGCUGCUGCUUCACCUCAUCUCGCGUCUGUACUGCUUGCUCCUGAGAGAGACCCGGAUGCACUAGACAUCCCGACUCCGCGCUCUUACGCGGAGGCCGUAGAGGGUCCCUACUCCUCUCAGUGGCAGGCAGCUAUGGAUGCACAGAUGGCUUCCUGGAAGUCCACAGGCACCUACGUUGACGCGGUUCCCCCUCCUGGGGCGAACAUCGUCAGUGGCAUGUGGAUCUUCAGGGUGAAGCGGCCGCCGGGCUCUCCACCUGUCUUCAAGGCGCGAUGA